UGUUUACAAAAUGUCACUGACCGGGUCGUCAUUAGUCGUUAUCUUGUUUGUGGUGGCAGCUUCCUGCAUGGACAAUUUACAAGUUGCUUAUCAAUGGAAACAGCUGGAUUUUGAUUAUUCGAACGAAAGUGAUAGACAAGCUGCGAUCGAUUCGAAAGAAUUCAUACCAGAAAAUAAUAUACCUGUCGGUUUGGAAGUGUUCGGUGAUAGGUUAUUCAUCACGGUGCCGAGAUGGAAGCCUGGAGUUCCGGCAUCUCUCAACUACGUCAAACUAUCAGAUAAUACUACUCAAUCACCCAAGCUGAUUCCCUACCCGGCCUGGUCUUCUCACAAACUUCUUCCCGACGGCGGCGACGCUCCUGAAAUCGUCUCGCCCUUCCGAGUGCGUGCAGACGCCUGCGACCGCCUUUGGGUACUCGAUACAGGGGUAGCCGAUAUCCUUAGCGAUAAUCCUCGUGUUUUAGCACCUACACAACUUUUAGUAUACGAUUUGCAUAACGAUUCUCUUCUAAGACGCUUUACAGUGCCCGCAGACCAAACCAAACGCGAUUCAUUCUUUGCUAACAUAGCAGUGGAAGAUUCUAAUUGUGAAGAUACUUAUGCAUAUGCUGCUGAUUUGGGUGCUCCUGGAUUAGUGGUUUAUUCGUGGAAGACCCAAACUUCGUGGAGAAUCAAGCAUCAUUAUUUCCAUUCUGAUCCUCUGGCUGGGAAUUUUACUGUUAACGGUAUCAACUUCCAGUGGACUGAUGGACUUUUCGGAUUGGCUCUGUCUGCUCCCAAAGAAGAUGGGUAUAGUACUUUGUACUUCCAUCCUAUGGCGAGUACUAAUGAAUUCUCAGUGAGCACAGAGUUUUUGAGGAGUGAGGAAAUUGCUGAGAAGAAUUUCCACGAGUUCAAACUGUUGGGAAGUCGUGGACCAAACGCACAAUCCAGCGUACAAUUUUUGGACCAAAAAACUGGUGUGCUUUUCUACGCUUUAGUCAAUUUAAAUGCUGUAGCUUGCUGGAAAACAAACAACACCGCCUACACCAUACAAUCUCAAGGCAGAGUGUUCAUGAGCAAUGUUUCCAUGGUGUUCCCUAACGAUGUAAAAGUUGAUGCCAACAGCAACUUAUGGAUUUUAUCUGAUCGUCUACCAGCUUUCAUGUACUCUGAAUUGAACUAUGAUGAUAUCAAUUUCAGAGUGUUAACUGCUUCUGUUAUGGAAGCAACUGCUCAUACAGCUUGCGAUACUAAACCAAAGGCAAUUCCUGAAUUGAUCGACAAAAUUCAAAGCAUCAUCAAGCCGAUCAUAAAGGGACAAAAAUCAUCAGCUGUUAUGCCAAAGUUGGAAUUCUUCACGAUGGCCAUGUUGUCGUCAGUGGUUAUUUUUAUGCUAUUUAGAGCGUAGAGUCAUAUUGGAGCAAC